UUCUUCUUUAAAUCCACACUCCACCUUCACACAAAACUACCCACCGCUCUCUCUCUCUCUCCACAUCCCACACACCCACGUUCUUUUUCAAUUCCCUCCCUCGCCCCCCUCCCCCACACUGCACAGCACACCGAAAAGAUGUCGCGUCCAUGGUCCCCACCUCUAGACCUGCGUACACGGACACUCAAGUCCCUGUCCAUCAUCCACGUGCGUCCCGAACACCUGCCCGCGAUCCACGCUCUCCAGCUCCUCGCCUACCCCGACCGGACCGACUUCCACGAAAGCCUCGAAGUCUUUCGAUCCAAACUGGAGGCCUACCCCGCCGGGAACUUUGUCGCCCUCGCGACCACUUCUGUCGUCACGGACGAUGACACCUCAACCUGGGCCCGUGCAGACGACGAGGCUAAAGAAGAAGAAGACGAAGAGGUGGAGAAGGGGGAGAAGAAGGAACAGGAGAGCAGACAGGGUACUAAAGAAAUAGAGGAAGAUGAAGGAGAAGGAGGAGAAGGAGGAGAAGGGAUGAUGGAGGGUAUCCAUGGGAUCACAGUCGUCGAGAUCUCCGAGACGGACCUGGAUGGCACCACCUCGACCACGACCGCGACCACGACAACUGGUUCCGGAGACCCCGCCCUUGAGACCCUCCAGGCCGAGGAGCCCAUCAUCAUCCGGGCGCGUACCCCAAACAUUUUCGAAGGCGGCGAUGAUACGGAUGAAGACGACGACAAUGCCACGACGCCGACGACCCGUCACACCGCAUCCUCGACUCUCGCCCCCGAGACUCCUCCUCAUCAUCAUCAUCCGCACCAGCGCCGGCACCGGAAUCACAAACACCAGAAGAAAGCCCGUACGGAUAAAGAAAAAGAAGAAGGAGGAGGAGAAGGAGAAGAUGAAGAUGAAGACGACAAGGAUAUGACGACGAUCCUCUUCCAGUGGGAAGAACCCGUCGGCUACUUGUUCUCACACCCAUACUCCCGUGAAUCCGUUACCUUACACCGUCUCGGAGCCGGAAUCCCUAAUUCGUCUGCCUCGCCAGCAGCAGCAACAACAGCAUCAACAGCAUCAACCACCAAAAAACAGCGUCUUGAUUCGGAACCCAGCCCCUCCGGGGCCGAGAACAAAGAGGCAGAGGAGGGAGUGGACGAAGACGAGGAAGAAGAAGACGAAGAAGAAGACGAGGAAGAGGCGUACGAACAUGACCAAGGAAUGGAGAGAUAUUACAUCCACGAUUGUACGAUCCAUCCCGACUACCGCGGCCAAGGUCUCGCUUCCAGACUCUGGAAAGCCCUCGAAGAAUCCCUCCGUCCGUCAUCGUCGUCGUCGUCCUCCCUUGACGAAUCUCUCCUCGCCGAACCCGAACCUGGACCACAACAACAGCAACAACAGCAACAACAGCAACAACAACAACAGCAACAAGGAGAAGAACACCAGCAUGACAGGCCCCACCAUCGCAACCGCCCUCAUCACCGCCGCCACCGAAGGGGAGGUCGCGGACGUGGGGGGUCCAAGGGCGGCGCUCCGAAUUUGAAAGAGAUCGUGCUAGUGAGCGUGCAAGGGACGAGACCGUUCUGGGAGGGCGCCGGGGGGUUCGAGGUCGUGCCUGAACAUGAUAUGGAUCUGUCCAUCUAUGGCGACACCGCCUUUCUCAUGCGCCGACCGUUUUCUUAUCUCUGAAGGAUUAUUUUUUUCUUUUUCUUUUUUGCAGAUUUUUUUUUUUUUUUUUUGCAUUGGUAUGUUGUUCACGAAAAAAA